UAACCAUAAAUAAAUGAAGUUUGCAAAGGGCUGAGAGGGGGCUUCAAUUUUUUAAUUUUAAUUUUUAUAUUAAUUUCCUACUUUUUUUUAUGAUUUAUUUUCAUAUAAGACUAUAACGUCGAAUAAAAUUAUUUUCUCAAACACAGGCUUUAACAUAAAGUUCUUUUAGUUAAUAACACAAAAUAUAGUUGACAUAGUAAUUAUUAUGCUAAUUAAUUUACAAUUAUCUAUUUUAUCUUUUAUAAUCGUCAUUAUAACUCGAGAAUACCACACUGAUAUACUUACUGAUAUUAUGAAAAAAUUGUAAUUAUUUUUUUCGGGUUUGCCGACACAAUACUAGAGUUUUCAUCAUAUUUUUAUUCUAAAUAAAUGCAAAAAAACUAUUAUAAUAAAUAUUUUAAUUUACAACUUUACACGAAUUUGAAUUUCGCGCUCACCGCGGGUGCUGCUUCUUACAGUUCUGAUGUAAAGACUUUCCAACCGCCGCAUUUUAUUUCUAGUUCCAUGUGCUUACAACUCGAUUAGUUCUCUCUAUUAAUAUAGAUCUCGCCAUAUGAAAGUCAUAGCAUCAGUUUCCUCGCCUCUGCCACAUGUCGAGUGUAUAGUUCAGUAUAGUUACGAUACACACAUUGCCACGCGGUUAUCUAAAAAAAUAAAUCAUCGACCGCUACGUGUAUUUCAAAAUUGGUGAAAAAAAUCAAUAUUUUAUAGUUCAAGCAAUUUUGUUUUUGUGCAUUGUGUUUGUGAGUGAAAUGUCCACGUCCUCGAACCAAUCCGGCGAAGUUUUCAAGGGAAAAGGCGGCAUACAAUUGGAAAAAUUGAAAAAAUUAAAAUGCACGUAUGACAAGGCAGACUGGUCGAUCCAAGCAUUGCGACAUGGCUUUCUCUAUCAACUCGAUAAUUUAAUCCGUAAUUGGAAGGGCCGAUAUCCAAAUCUUCGAUGCAUUUUCCGGAAUGAAGAAAUGAAUUAUUUUCUAGAGAAUUACUUUACUGACUAUUGUUGCAUCGUCAAUGAUUCUCCUCUAGGAAAACAAUUCAUUAAUUCUUCGAUUAGCAGCAAAUAUAAUUUUGCUCAAGGAAAACGAUUCAUUAAUUUUUUGAUUCGCAGCAAAUAUAAAUACGAGCCCGGCGUAGAUAAUAAAGGCGUUAAGGUGUUGCACCUAGCUUUAGAAAAAGGAUACAAAGACUGGAUCGAAUGGCUUCUGAGGUUUGGCGCCGAUCCCAAUGGCGUCAACAAGGACGGAGAGACUGCGUUACAUGUUAUUAUUCACAAACCCAACACACUUUAUGAUGAGACAUUUUUAAAAAAAUUCUUCGAAAUCAUCGACGACGAACAACUGACGUUGCAGAUCGAUGCAAAGGAUAAUUUAGGCCGAACAGCGUUGCAAUGGGCUGUGGCAACUAUUCGACCCCAGAUUUUCUCAUCGUGAUGCGUCCACCAGUAUUUGAAAAUUGGGGACAGUCGGCAUUGGUGUUUGAUAUUCUGGCCGUCGUGCAACAUCUCGAGACAAGAGGAUACGAACUGGACUCAAGCGAUGCUAUGACGAUUAUGACAUUUUUCUUUGAUCGCGGAUUGUACAAUUCGGUGACUGGAGAAAAAUAUUGGUACGAUAAAGAAGAGUUCGACAGCAAAGCAAAAGACUUAAUGAUAAACCCGGAUCUGUCUGUUCACGACCUGGUUCAGUUACGACCUAAACAGGCGGCAAAACUACUCAAAUUUGAAGACUAUAAGGACUUCGUAUUUUCGGAGAAAUUUAGGAAGCUUCCCAAAGGAUCCAUAACGGCUUAUAUCAGUAACCUUCCCCAGAUAAUAUCGAGAAAACUUUUCCUGCCAUCGGCAGUGGAGUCAUUCUUGAAACUGAUUCACUACCGACUGCCAAUACUUUGCUGUGACAUGAUCCUCGACAACCUGGGGAACGAAGAUUUAUACAAGAUUUGCUUGGCUGCUGCAAGCAAAAGUUCGUAAUUGCUCGUUAUUUUGGAUAGUAACAGAUUUUAAUUAGUACAAAAAUAAUGAUGCUAGCCAUGACUGUAACAAUGUGAAUAUAUAAUGAAUGCACAAAUGAAUGUAACAAUUGAAAAAAAAUAAAAUAAUAAUAACCAUAAUAUUACCCGAACAUAUCAGAAUUUAUGUAGCUAUGCAGAUAAAUUUAUGUACUUACAUACCCUGGUAUAAAAUUAAGCAAUCUUACUGGUUAAUUAUAGUCAACUGUUUUUAAACUGGCCAGUUGCAACUGGUCAAAAACUGCUCAAGUGUGUGCGGUCUGAUCCAGCGCGCAU